GCUGGCACACAUCCUCUGCUGGCUGUGUUGUUGCCCAAGGCCACUUAAAAUGACACAAAGAGGAGGCAGAUGGGGACUCUUGCUGCCAGCUUUGCCCCUCCUUCCUCAGUGUGUUAUCCCCUAUUAACCAGGCUCCUUCGCUGCUCCUAAAUGUCCCCUGUGACAGUGCCCCCAGGUGCAGUACGCAAGGCGGUGAUGUAUAGCCUCUUCUAAAGAAAUUUCUGCCUCUGUUAAGAAACUUUCCUGACCUCUUGGCCGAAGAAGAACAAAAUAAUGUAUUAACAAAAACACAGCCGGCUGCCAAAGAAAAGGAGUUCCUGUAAGGACUGAAACAAUAAAUCUCCUCCGUGCUGAACUCCCAGAGGGAGUAUGCUGUGUUUCCUCCUGUUCUUUAUCAAAGUCCCCAAAAUAAGCAGGAAUGGGCAGUGACUAGGCACAGGCUCUACACACCUUUUUCCAUGGAGUAAUUAAGGCCCGCCUCAGAGCGAGAGAGCACUCCCUGCCCAGCUGUGUGACAGAGCGCUGCCCACGAUGCCACCACCAAGCAUGAAUCUCCUGAGGAUCGCCUGCCUUCUCCUAGCUGCGCUCUGCGUCUGCACCCUGGGACAAACUGAAAUUCCACAGAGUAACGCCGAUGACAGUACUUCUGUAUCAACGUUAACCUCUGUGCCGAAAACUGUGUCCACGUCCUCUUCACAAGUGACAUCACUGCAAUCGUCAGCGCCAACAGCAAACACUGCAGCCAAAGCUAUGACCUCGUCUGUCAUAACUGGCUCCAUGCCUUCUUCAACUACAGCUAAACAAGGAACAACAAAAGGUACAACAGUGACAACAGUGCAGCAGACUAUAGCACCAACCCUUGCAGCAAGAAAUGAAGUUGAAAACACAACAAGCACUGCUCCAGUGAAUGGAACGCAACUUGUUCAAGUGAAUGGAACGCACGCGACACAAAAUGAGAGUGUGGGUGCUCCAUCUACUAAGAGAUGGCCUUUGCCUCCAACAACCUCUCCACAAAAACACACUUCUUCUGAAACCUCAAGCCUUCACAUGAUCACCCUGACAGAGCCAUCAAAUGUUGUCGUCACCGAAAGCAGUCCUGGAAACAAGAAAAUACAAGAGGAUACGAUCCAUUACUCCAGCGUUAUCUUGCCAGUCGUCAUCACGUUGAUAGUCAUCACCCUCACUGUCUUCUCUCUGGUGGCUUUGUACAGAAUCUGCCACAAGAAAACUCCAGAGAGACAAGAGAACGGCACUGAACAGGCCCAGCUGGAUAAAGAAGGUGUCAAACUUCUGUCUGUGAAGAUAACCACUCCCGAGACUGUUUUUGUAGAAGCGCGUGAUAUAUUUGAGGUUGGCUUCUCACUGCCCUCAGCCAACCUCUCUGAGCUCACAGCUCCUCCGGCAGGAGAGGUCUCACAAGGCAGGACUGCAGGAGAACGUUCAUCUCAGGGGAAGAAUAAAACUCAGCAGUGCGAUGAUUCCUCUUCACACCUCAGCAAUAAAUAUGUGUGAAGCAGCCUGUUUUAUCACAAUGUGCAGGAACGUCCCAUGAAGGUUGCAGUGCUGCAGGAAAUGUGGAGUAGCUGAAGCUUUUUACCAGGCAGGACACUUGUGUUAAUGACCAGCCCUUGACUUCUAAACCUUGAGUGUCAGUUCUUCUGGAAUGACAUGUGCUUUUUUGGUGGCUUAUUAACUGAUAUAUCAUAUGUAUUUAUUAUUUUCUUAUAUAGUAAAGGCAGGGAAGCUUUCAAGAAGGUUGAAGAGCAUGUUUGCGUAGUGAUUAUUAAAAAUGUUUUCUGCACAUACAGGAAGGAACAUGUUAGCAUACUUUGUUGAACUAAUGGUAGAUAAGGUUCUUUUAAUUGUAUGUAGCAAAAUACAAACAGGGCCUGACCCUUGAAACAGUACUGGGCAUAUUGCCACGAUGAAAGUUAAUUCAGUGAUUUCCAUGAGACUCCUCACUGUAGCACACGCUUUACUUGUCAUAAAUGUUUACAGGAUGGGAUGCCUGGGUGAAAUCCUGAAGUGUGUGCUUUAUUUCUGUGAAGGGGGGGGGAAUAUACCUUGCACUGAGGGGUUUUUGUUUUCAUUUUUUAGUUUAUCUUUUAUUUUUUUUUAAAGAUCUGUAAAUUGCUGAAUAUGGUCCUUCUAAUGUAGCAGGCAACAUAGUUUAUUUUCUCCUGUUCCUUGGCUAAUCACUGCAUUAUGCAUGCUAUAAAUGUCUCUCUACAAGCUGCGGUGCACAGUGGGGAUCAGCAGGAUAAGAAAUUUUGCAGCCGAACCCUGUGUUCAGAGUAAUGCAUGGGAUUCCUGUUGGCUAUUGAAUAACUCCGGAAGUUUAAAGAGUGUUUCAAGUGAUAAUUACAGACACUUGAUUUGUACAGAGCUGGCACUUCAAAAAUAUCAAGUAGUGCUUCUACCUGCAUGUAUCCUACUUUGCUAGAACUAUAAAUGUUUGGAAAUUAUAUUCUUUUGAGCGUCUGCUCAGUCUCAAUCCACUGACUCUGGCAGUGUGCUGAGAAGCUCCAUGGUUUUAUUGGGGAAUGAAAGGGAGACAAUUAGUGGUGUAAGUGCAGGACCAAGAGCUAGGACAGUAAUCUGAGUUUUAAUACCUACUGAUACAGUGCUUUUGAGGAACUUCUCUCUCCAGUUUCCUUCUCUGGGGUAAGAAAACUUACCUAGCAAUAUGUUAAGAAAUCGAGCAGAUUUCUUAGGUCAUGUUUAUACACAAAGAUAAAGUGUUUGAUUCCCUGUGUUUGACCAUUGCUCUUACUUCAUCUGUGAUGGAUCUGAUCCUCUGUCUUAGCAGCACCAAGAUAAACUUUUGAUGAAGUUUUGUAAAAGAUGGGGAACCAGCCAGGGUGCUCCAUGAUGCAGCUGAACUUCUAUGGUUUGUUCAGGUGUUCCUGAAUCACUUGGGUUGCUCUGGAGCAGAGGAGUCUUGAAUGCCUGCUUCGGAAAAGUCAGGCCACCUAAAACAUGCCGUUUAGCAUCUGCACCUAUUCAGAUUCCUGAUUGCUGAAGUUUCCUAUGAAAAAAGCAAUCAUUGUGGAUUUUCAUAUUGGUAAAAAAAAAAAAAAAAAAAAAAAAAAAAAAAAAAAAAAAAGUAUUUCAUAGAAUAUUGUGUCUUACUGAGAGUAUAAAAGAGCAGAGAAACAUUGUGAAAAAAAAUGUAUGUAUAAAAUUUGUUAAGAAACUACCAUGAUGUGUCAAAAAAAAAA